CACGAAUGACGGUGGGAGGCUGGAGACAUAUUGGCCAGUAAAAUCAACGGGCACUUUCUCUUGACGACAUGAUCAGAUGAUGUGCUUUAUUCAAAAGAUUUCGUCUUACUAGUGUUUAUUUAGCAGUUGUGCUGCUGGCAGGUUGAAGUAAACCCCUUGUGAAAUUUGCUCACUGCCUCGCGAGACCAAAAACUCACAGUUCAAGCAGGUGAGAAUUUUGCCGCAGUUGCUUGCGAGACGUGAUUUCUUCCGAUCGACGUCCACACACGGCAAGGAAGACAAAAGAUAUGUGCAUCGUGUUUCUAUCUUUCAAUGAUGAUCCAUCUCCCGGAGGAUACAAGCUGAUAUUGGCUGCAAAUCGUGAUGAGUUUUACAAAAGACCUACUGCUCCUGCAGACUUCUGGGAACAGCACCCAAAUAUUAUAGGAGGUCUAGACCUGCUUUCAGGAAAGGAAGGUGGCACAUGGCUUGGUUUUACCAAAUCUGGACGGUUCGGGUGUCUGACCAACUACAGACAGUCUCUAGAAAAUUAUGCAUCACAUAAAGAUGCCAUUGGAAGAGGGUUUCUGGUUUCUGACUUCUUAAAAGAUGAUAUUAGUACAAGUGAUUACCUGAGGAAUAUUCAACAAAAUGGAAGCAAGUACAAUGGGUUCAAUUUACUUGUCGGGGAGCUAUGUUCUGACAGUGAGUCAAAGAUUGAAUGGUAUUGCAACUGUGAGGAUAAACAGAUCAAAACACUUUCCUCUGGAAAUUAUGCUUUAUGCAACAGGACAUUAAACUUUCCAUGGCCAAAAGUGGUUCAUGGACAGAAGAGAUUUGAAGAUAUAUUACAGAAAUCAAUGGAUAAACAGGCUUUACUAGAUGGGCUGCUGGGACUUCUUCAAGAAAAUCAAAGGUAUUUUCCUGGUGAAGAUGACUCCAAUUACUGCACAUUGUUGGACAAGGAGUUAGACCAAGACUAUAAAGAUGCUUGUCGAUCAAUAUUUGUACAGCACAAUGAGAUUGGCUAUGGAACAAGGACUCACACUGUCAUAUUAGUGGAUGAGGCAGGUCACGUGACAUACAUGGAGAAGACUAUGGAUUCGGACCAAUCAGACGUCAAGCCAAGCAAUAGAACCUGGACUGAAAAUACCUUCGAGUUUGACCUGCUUACAACAUAACGAAACCUCUGACGUGAAGAAAAAAAGAGACUGAAAAUACCUUCGAGUUUGACCUGCUUACAACAUAACGAAACCUCUGACGUGAAGAAAAAAAGAGAACCGUGCGAAUGCACACUGCGGAUAGAUACUAAAAAAGCAGUACAAUGGCCGUCGCUUCCCGCGGACUGAUUUUCGCUAUUUAAAACAGUCAGCCCGAAAUGCCACCUUAGAGAUUUCAGUUUCUUCAAUUAAUUUUUCCUUGAUAACAAUCACGUUGUAUAUGAAAAGUUGCAUCAAAAUAUAAAAAGUCACGAUUGAUAUUAUGCCAUUACUCGCUAAGGCUAAGCUUAAACGGCUCAUUAUCCAUGGGCCGUAUUCAAUGCAAAUGCAUGACAAUGAAUCAAGUCGAUUGUUUCAUCUUCAUUUCCAGCAUUAAACCUAAAAUAAAGUACUUCAAAGGAA